AUGGUCUGGGCGGCCUCCUGUGAUUCGGUCACCUACCGACUGGUCUCCGGUGACUGGCCACCAGUCCACCGGUGGUCUGGCCAUCGGUUGGCAGGCCUCCGUGUGGGAAAUUUUGAUAAUGCUGUUAAUGAGGCUAACAAUGUUGAAGUUAAUGAAUCUCCCAUCGAUGUUGAAGAUGAUGAAGUAGAAGAGAAUCCAUUUGCAGCCAAGAAAAGAAAGAAGACCUCCAAAGUUUGGGAUGAAUUCAAAGAAGUUACUCUCUCGGAUGGAACAAAAAAGGCAGAAUGUAUUUAUUGUAGGCAUCAACUUGGCCUAUUGAAGUCUGGAGCAACAACUCAGUUUAUCCGCCAUUUGAAGGUGUGUGUGAGACGACAAUUAGCAUUGAAGGGACAAAGGCAGCUGACUUUCUCAACAAAUUUGGCAAAAUCUGAAAGUGUGAAUGCAAUUCAAACCUGGAAAUAUGACCAAGCAAAGGUGCGGCAAGUUUAUGCUCAUAUGGUUUUAGUGCAUGAUUUAACAUUUUCAUUUGUUGAGAAUGAAGUUUUUAAUCAUUUUAUGAGAACUGUUAGCCCUAAUUGGGAAAGAAUAAGUAGAGGCCUGUCAAAAAAAGACUGUAUAUCUGCUUAUGACAUUGAGAAAAAAAGAGUAACUUCAUUGUUGAAAGAAGUUGAUCGAGUUAGUAUCACUACUGAUUUGUGGACAUCUACGGUGCAAGAUGUAGAGUAUAUGGUUGUCACUUGUCAUUUUGUGGAUUAUGAUUGGAAAUUGCAAAAACGUUUGUUAUGCUUUCGUUCUAUUGUCCCUCCACACACUGGUGUUGCUGUUUGUGAUGAGUUAGCAAGAUGCAUAGCUGAUUGGGGUCUUGAGAAAAAGUUGAUGAGCGUCUCAGUUGAUAAUGCAAGUUAUAAUGAUGUUGCUGUGAAUUUGUUGAAAGCUAAUCUGAAUUUGAACAAUCAGAAUGCACUUGUUCUUGAUGGGAAAUUAUUUCAUGUGAGGUGUUGUGCACAUAUUUUAAAUAUCCUGGUUCAAUAUGGGCUUGGUGAAAUUGGUGAUAUAGUUUGCAAUGUGCGUGCAAGUGUGAAGCAUAUUAGUAAAAGUUGUGAGUAUCCUACUUCAAAUUUGUUUCUCCUUGAACUCACAACUGUAAAGAAAGCUUUGUCUAAACAUGUGGAAGGGGAUAAUGAUUUUAUGAGACAAAUGGCAGCAAGAAUGAUUAGAAAGUUUGAUAAAUAUUGGGGGGACAAUAAUUUGUUGAUAUCAAUUGCAGCUAUUUUAGAUCCAAGGAAUAAGAUGACUUUAGUUGAGUGGGCUUUCCCUUUUUUCUAUUCAGUGGAUGAUGUUCCAAAUAAAAUGAGUUUUGUUCGAUCAUCACUUUACAAGCUUUAUAAUGAGUAUGUGGCAGCUUUCAAGGCCAAGAGUGACAUGGAUACUCAAAGUCAACUUUCUGCUCCUACAACUUCUUCUUCAUCCAGUGCUAGUGUUGGUAGAUCAAGAGGAAGGGCUGAAUUUGAUAAUUUCAUUAGAAAUGUGGGUUCUUUUCAAUUGAUAAAGUCAGAAUUAGAUGUGUACUUGGAAGAAGGUGUUCACAUACACAAUGAGAGCAUUGAUCCUCCAUUUGAUGUCUUGGAGUGGUGGAAAGCUAAUUAUUUGAAGUUUCGGGUUUUGUCAAAGAUGGCUUGUGAUGUUCUAUCCAUACCAAUAACCACAGUACCUUCUGAGUCGGCUUUUAGUACGGCCAAAAGAGUUAUUGAGUCGCAUCAUGCUUCAUUAGCACCGGCUACGGUUGAAGCAUUGAUGUGUAGUGGAGAUUGGUUGAGAGCUUAUUAUGGGAUCCAAAGAAAAGAAAAGGCUACUCAGGUCUCUCAAUCAACUAUUCCAAAAGUUGCUUAUACUCCACCAAUUUCGGUUACCAAUAGACUUCCUCUUCGGCGAGAAUACUUAAUUGCAGUCGGGAUUGUCUUCCCGUCACAUACCUGGGAGUCCCCCUUUCUGGUAGACGACCCAGAAGUAUACUGGAUGUCAGUCUUCAAACUACCUGCCUGGGUCAUUCAUGAGAUUGACAAAAUCAGAAGAGACUUCCUUUGGAAAGGUCCUGACCUAGGAAGCUGCAAAGGUUACUUAGAAGAUCAAGCGCUCCUUAAACUUCCUGAGCUCCAGAUCCAUAGACUCCACAGGCGAUUUGGCGUCAAACUUGACUCAGGAGUAAUUCGAUUCUCCCCUGCCUGA